ACCAGAGCGCGCUAGUGUGCGUUGUCGUUCGCUUGACAAUUUGACAGAGCGUUCCACGAACAAAAGGGGGGCCAGUAGCUCGGGAAAAUUGACGGCAAUCAUGGAUGACAGGAUCCGGGGGAAAGGAGGGUAACGGUGCGUGCGGUAUGCAUUGUCACUGUGUGUUCUGACGAAGAAAAGCUAUCGGCAGUGAAAAUGUCCUGUACGCGAGUGGUGAUCCGUAAUGUAGGAAGCGUUUGCUAGAGCUAGUGAUUUCGGUCGGCGUCCAGGCACAAGCCGUCUAGCGUGUGUAUUUCGUUUAAUCAGUUUCAUUCCACCAUUUAACGAAUGCCCUUCGGCCGUUGUGUUCCUAUAAGGGGAAGGUGAAAAUUUACCAUUGCGACCGCCUAUCGCCCUACUCGCUUGCUUUGCAGUGAGGAGCAAAAAAAAAGGGCGAACACAUUACAUUCUAACGAGUCAGUGCAUUUGGCCAUUACGGGUACGGAACAAUCAUCGCUAGCAGUAAUAGCACUGCGAAAUGUAGUUCCAAAAAAGGGAUAAAAAAGUCAACCUUUUCGGUCUCCAACUAGCGCCCAUCGUUCGAGGGAUUGAUGCCCUCGUCUAAGCCUGCUGCAACACGGAGCAAGGACAGCGAAGUGCCCAUUUGAACCGCUUCUUGUUUUUCUUCCCAUUUAAGCAUGCAUUAAAAGCGGAGCGAAUAAUCAGCGGCAGCAGAAAAUGGAAACGACCGUACUGUGACUCCACAACAUAAUCAUUAGCUAAGGAAUAUCGUAUCCGUGCGCAUCUGUCGCUAGCACCAUUUCCACCAGUAUUAUUACAACGAGAACGGCAAGCAAUCGUGUAGUAGUAGCGCAACACGAGCGGGCCGCCACUUACAGCACCAGCAGCGAUGGGAAAGGACAUGAUGAAUACUAGCAACUUCUGCCAGCAGCUCGGCGCGACGUUGGUUCGCAAUUUUAAGCUAAAAAUCAGAGACUCACGCAAAACGAUAGCGGAGGUGUUUCUACCGCUCUACACGCUGGGCACGCUGAUCGUGCUGAAGAUCCUCAUACCGAAUCCCAACUUUCCCGCCAUCACGGAACCACGCGGCGCCGCCACACUGUUCGAGCAUUUCCAGCACCAUAAAGCUCACACCAUUGCCGUGCUGCCACAGCCAAACUCAUCCACCACGGUACCCUUUCUGAGUGAAGUGAACGAGCUAUGGAUGUCGAACAGACGGCACCAGCCCGGCAUUCAUCCCAUCAAGUGGAUGAUUUACGAAACGCCGGAAGAGCUACUGGCGGCGUACUGGCGCGAUCCGAGCAAGAUGCCGCUGGCUCUGAUAUUCCACUCGGACGACCCACUGUUCGGUCCGCUACGGUACGAAAUACGCACGAAUCCGUCGUUCUACGUGACACCGUCGACGACGGAGCUGUACUCGUCGCUGGUCACGUGCCGCCAGUCGGACAGCUACUGGUCGGCGGUGAUCCCGAUCGAAACGGGUGACUCGUGCCCGGUGAAUCAGUACUACUAUUCGGGGUUCGUCGCACUGCAAACCCUGCUCGACUACACCAAGAUACGGAUCGUAACGCAGAACGAAGAGCUGCAGAUUCCCCACAUCACGCUGGAGAUGUUCCCCAAGGAGGCGUACACGGGCAACUGGAUGGUCGCCUUCCGGCUGGUCAUACCGAUCUACAUGGUGAUGGCACUGUCGCAAUUCAUUACAUAUCUGCUCAUUCUGAUCGUCGGCGAGAAGGAGAACCACAUCAAGGAGGGACUGAAGAUAAUGGGGCUGCGGGAUUCCGUCUUUUGGUGCGGUUGGUUCGUCAUUUACGCCGUGUUUGUAACAUUCCUGAGCUUUGUAUCGGUGAUUCUGGUGUUCUCGCUGGGCGUCUUUCAAAACACAAACUACCUGCCAGUAUUUAUACUGAUUCUGCUGUACAGCUUUUCGGUCAUUCUGAUCGGCUUUAUGAUUACACCGUUCUUCGACAACUCUCGGACGGCUGGCAUCCUGGGCAACUUUGCGGUGAACAUCAUGUCGCUGCUCUACUUCCUGCAAGUGUUCAUCGACGACACGCACACCUCGGCCGCACUGUGGACGGUGUCACUCAUUUCGCCCACCGGAUUUGCGCUGGCAAUGGAUAAAAUUCUCGUGCUGGACAUAUCCGGCCAGGGUGUCACGCUGAACAAUCUGUGGACAGGGCCCGGCAUACCGAUCGGGGGCUCCAUCCUGAUGCUGGUGGUGGACAUUGUGCUGUACGCGGCGCUGGCCUUCUACUUCGAUUGUGUCAUCCCCUCGGAUCACGGUACGAAGCAGAAGCCUUGCUUUUGCCUAAACAAAAACUACUGGUGUAAGAAAAAAGUGCCAAAAGUGCCGCUGCUGAACGGCGAAUCCGCCAACUCGUUUAACAAUCCGCUUGAGGAUCAGGCACGGGACGUGGAACCGGUGUCGCGCGAGAUGCGCGGCAAGGAAGCGAUCCGCAUAGUGGACCUGUACAAAACGUUCCACUCGUGCCGUAAGCCGGCGGUGAACGCGGUCAACGGAAUUAACUUGACCAUCUACGAGGGACAGAUCACGGCCAUCCUCGGCCAUAACGGGGCGGGUAAGAGCACGCUGUUCAACAUCCUUACCGGGCUGACGUCACCGACGUCGGGUACGAUAUACAUCUUCGGGUACGAUGUGCGCGACCCGAACGAUAUGACCAUGAUCCGGCGGAUGACGGGAGUGUGUCCGCAGCAUGACAUACUGUUUGAGACGCUAACGCCCAAGGAACAUUUGUACUUUUUCGCGGCCGUACGUGGCAUUCCGCCGGCACUGGUGGAUAGCGAGGUGAAGAAAACGUUGCGCGACAUCGACCUGUUCGAUACGGCGGAGACGCGUGUGAAGCAUCUGAGCGGUGGUCAGAAGCGGAAGCUUUCGGUCGGUAUUGCCAUCAUCGGUGACCCGAAGAUUAUCAUCCUGGACGAACCGACGGCCGGGGUGGAUCCGUACUCGCGGCGCCACAUGUGGUCCAUACUGCAAAACCGCAAGCACGGCAAGGUGAUCCUGCUGACGACACACUUCAUGGAUGAGGCGGACAUACUGGCCGAGCGGAAGGCCGUUGUGUCGCGGGGCCGUUUGCGGUGCUGCGGGUCGUCUCUCUUCCUGAAGAACAAGUUCGGCAUCGGGUACCAUCUGACGCUGGUGCUGGAUACGAACGCGUGCGAAACGUCCAUCACGAAGCUGGUGAACGAGCAUGUGCCGCAGGCGGAGAAAGCCCGACGGCACGGCCGGGAGCUGAGCUACAUUCUGCCGCACGAUGCGGUCAACUCGUUCGUGUCCUUGUUUGACGAUAUCGAGAAGGAGAUAAAGAGCAAACGGAUGAUGCUCGGUAUCUGUUCGUACGGUGUGUCGAUGACCACGCUGGAGGAGGUGUUCCUGCAUCUGGAAACGCAGCGCGAAGGUGAGCAGAAGGCGGGUGGCGCGGGAGAAGGCGAAGACGAGGAAGGCGAUGGCGAAGAUGACGAGGAAGAUGGGCAGGCAGCGGGCUAUCCGGUGUCGGAAAACCUGAGCCGCAAAGUGAUGAAGACGCGUGGACUCCCUAGAAGCUUGUCGCUGCAGGAGCGCAGCAACAGCUAUCAGUCGCUAAAGAACGAUACCAAAACGCUGCUCGACGAACAGAACGCCGAGAAUAAGGCGUCGCUGCAGGAUAAUCGCAUGCAGUUCGAUACGAUCAUUCCCAUCAACGGGCUCGGUUCGGAUGGUGUUAGUCAGGGUACGGCAGGUUCCGGAGUUCAUCCAGCGUCCAUGGGUGGUGGUAAUGGCGGUGGUGGCACUGGCGGUGGCGUUGGUGUUGGUCCCAAUUCGGCCGUCAACUCUCCGCAGACGCAGCGAAUGCAUCGCAAAAAGCAUCACCGUUCUUCGCGCAACGGUGUGAGCAAAAGCACCAAGAGCAUCUACGAGGAUCAGACGCAAACGCACGCGUCAGCAUCGGCAGUGAAGCUGAACAGCCAAAAUCGUACCAACUGGAUGGACCUGGACGACAUCCCGCUCUACCCGUCGAGAUGGAGCACGAUCGGAGCGCUACUCAAGCUUCGCCUGACGAUCCUGUUCCGCGAUAUACAGCGCUUGUAUCUGUUGAUCAUACUGCCACUGGCGUUCACCGCACUGGGACUUUACCUGAACUCGAUCCAGGUGCUAUCGCCGAUCAUGCGCUCCAUACUGCUGGAUAACACCACGUACGGGAGCAACAUCACGAAGAUCGCCGUGCACGACAAUACCAGCCCGGCGGUGUGGCCGCCUCAUGCCGCCUUCGUGUAUCACCAUCACCAUCAGCAGCAGCAGCAGCAACCGAGACAGCAGAAGCGCGAAUCGGCGCAGAAGCAUUACGAUCCGAUCCCACAAUUCCUGCACCAGAAACACCACCAGCAGCAGCAACAGUCGAAGGAGGCGGCCCAUUUCUACCGUCGGUUCCUGGCCGAACUGCACCGGUCAGCAAACGUGACGGAGGAUUACAAUGGCAACUUUUCGCAGCUGCUGGAUAUCGCCCCGCAUAUGGCCGCAUUCAACGUGAAUGUAAUAUCCUGGUCAAAUGUGUCCAUCACGACCCUCUACAACGAUACCACUCAGCACAGCCUGCCGAUCAUUCUGAAUCUGAUCAGUAACACGCUGCUUCGCGUGUACGCGGAACUGUCACCAGCCUCGAUAAACUCGCAGCAUCUUCUGUACCAGCGGGCCGGCGGUGGUAGCGCACGGAAAGGUCCGAUGCCAACGUCGAAUGCUCAGUCUGGUGCGUUCGAUUAUCAAGAUGAUGGGGCAGACGGUGAAAGUGUGGACGAUUUAGCGCUUCAACCAUUAGCGUCAAGUACGAGUUCCAGCACGACAUACUCAUCCUCCGGGGUGGCGUCAGACCGUAGUGCUUCGGGUGACUCCAUGUUGCGCAUCGAGCUGUGGUCACAUCCCUUCCAGCAGACGGCACAACCGCAAGAGUUCAACAUCGGCACGUUCUCGUCCGCACUGUUCGUGGGGAUGAUAUUUGUGCUGAUUCCCGUCUCGCUCGCCGUCGACAUGGUGUACGAUCGGGAGAUGAAAGCCAAAAAUCAGCUGCGCGUUAAUGGACUGUCCUCAUCGCUGUACCUGUCCGCGUACUUUAUCGUGCUGUCGGGGCUGAUGUUGGUCAUCUGUGCCGCACUGCUCGGGCUGGUGUUUCUGUUUGACAUUCCCUCAUUCCGACAGCCUCCCGCACUCAUCACACUGGGAAUGUUGGUGUUUCUCUACUCGCCGGCCGGCAUCCUUUGUUCGACGUGUUUCUCGUACUUCUUCGAUCGUACCGAUUCCGCGCAAUCGAUCCUGCCCAACAUACUUACCUUUGUGGGAUUAAUCCCGUUCAUAUUGGUUGUGUUUUUGGACAUGCUGGGGAUCGAGGUUAAAGCAGCGAUCGCUCUUCACUACGUGUUUUCGCUGAUCAAUCCUAUGUACAUUCCGUACGCGACGGUGUACUUCGUCGAUCGGGUGUACAUCGCGUGCCGGUUGAGUUCCGCCUGUGCCGAGCUGUCGAUGGCACACUACAUGACCGAGGAGGUGAUCGUGAUGGCGUGCGGGUGUCUUCUGCACAUUCCGAUUUGGGCGUUCUGCCUACGUGUGUCCGAUGUGAUGAAAAGUGGUGGCCGUAUGCGGGAUCUCUUCCAUCGAUCAGCGAGCGAGGAAGAUGUGAUGACCGAAGAGCAGUGUACCGGUGAGUAUGAGGAUGAAGAUGUCCGCCACGAGCGUAGUCGCGUUUUCCGGCUUACAUCCAACCAGUCGCAACAAGAUGAUACCGCCGGUCUGCAAACUCAGCCGGUAGUGCUGGUCAAGAGUCUUCGCAAAGAGUUCUCCCAAGAGUCGCUGUGCGGUAAUUGCUGCUGCUGCGCGGAUGAUGAACUACCGAGAAAGAAGAUUUCCGUACGCAGUCUGUCGAUCGCGGUGGACGCCGGCGAGGUGUUGGGAUUGCUCGGACACAACGGUGCGGGCAAAACGACCACCAUGAAGAUUAUGACGGGCGAAACGGCUCCCACGCGGGGUACGGUCCGUGUCGCCGGUCACAGCAUUACCAUCAAUCAAGAUGAUGCCUUCAAAACGUUGGGCUACUGUCCGCAGCAUGACGCACUGUGGAAGAACGUGACCGUGCGCGAGCAUCUGGAGCUGUACGCACGUAUACGGGGAGUGCGUGGAAAAGAUCUGAACCGGUUGAUAUCGACGUAUCUGACGGGGCUGCACAUAAACGAACAUGCGAACAAGCAAACGCAGCACUGUUCCGGUGGUACCAGGCGCAAGUUGAGCUACGCGAUGGCGAUGGUAGGAGCGCCCAAGGUGGUGCUGCUAGAUGAACCGUCGACCGGGAUGGAUCCAAAGUCGAAACGGUUCCUCUGGGACACGAUACUGGCUAGCUUCCAUGGCAAGCGCUGUGCGAUGUUGACGACCCACUCGAUGGAAGAAGCCGAUGCGUUGUGCUCUCGUGUAGGAAUCAUGGUCAAGGGAGAGCUAAGAUGUCUCGGUUCGACGCAACACCUGAAGAAUCUGUACGGCGCCGGUUACACGCUGGAGAUUAAGCUGAAGCACAUAGAAAACGUGUACAGUGAGACACCGAUCGAGAGCCAGCCCAGCAGCAGCCAGGAGCAGCUGCAGCUCGACCAAAGCACGGACCACAUUGCACCGGUGAUCAGCAACUGCAUUGACAAUCGUUCGAUGGCGUUGCGCAACUUCGUAACGGAUCUGUUUCCGAGUGCCACCCUGGAGGAGAGUUUUGCCGACCGGCUCGUAUACUCUGUACCACAGCAAGCCGUCAGUUCCUUAGCUGAAUGUUUUUCACGGCUCGAGAAAGCCAAAACCGAGCUAGACAUCGAGGAAUACUCAUUCAGCCAAACGACACUAGAGCAAGUGUUCUUAAAGUUUGCACACUACGACGAGGAAACCUCCAGUGUGCAGUAGACUAUACGGCAGCUCGAUCGAUCAUAGAUCGAUCGGCGAGAAGCACGAGACUACUCCGAUCGCAAUGUCCUUGAGAUAAGUUUUGCAAAAACCAACCACACUACAGCGUUUGAUAAUAGAUACUUGUGAGCGGAAAGCAAAUCGCUUCACCAUCGAAGCGUGUGGAAUGUGGAAAAUGGCGACUGAAUUUCGAAAAUUCAGCGUUCAAAACAAAGCAUUUGUAGUUAAUUGAAACCAUACACAUCCAGCCAGACAGAGGGCGUCCGUGAGGCGUAAAUCUCACCGCGCGAGAGAAGGGAGCAUUGUGAAAAUGUAAGUAAAUUUGAUUAAAAGUAAGCAAUUUGUGCAAUAAUUUCAUGUGACAGGGAAGGGACAUCUAGUGGAAACUAUAUACAAAACAAACAAAAAAUCAUCGAACCCGUUGGUGGCUAAGAGGGCAUCACUAGAAGAAAGAUUACUUGAAGAAUGUAAAACUCAUCUGCAAACAAAAUAAGCAUUAAACC